AUUUGUGGCACAAGACCAAAGCAUUGAUUGCUGUCAUACCUUGUCCAUAGACUGCUUACACGGUAAGGAAACCAAUAUGUCAUUUCGUAACUAUCCCUUUAAGUAGGCCUACACAAUAUUUGUCACAUGGCACAAGAAUUGAUAUAUACUGUUUUAACAAGAUAUGUAGUUUUGUGGAUAGGCGUGAGCCGCGUGACAGAGUAGGACAUUAUUUGUAAUAAAAAAUAUUGCUAAUAAAUUAAUAAAAUUUGUUUGAAAUAAUCUUAUGUUUGUCAUUGGUUUCACAUUGUGUCACUGGUGUUACACUGCAUCACUGGUUAUACUGUAUGGCAUAUUGGUGCUCUGGCAUCAGAAUUGCCCAAUUUAAUUGAAUAUGUUUUUUGAAUAUACCUAACUGUUGCUACAUUCAUUUGUAAACAUUUUAAGGAUAUGAUCAUUCCAUUUUGAUGACUCAACGUAAAUAAUUCUUAAUGUUUAAAAAAACUAAACAAUAGUAUAAAUGGAAAAAUGUCAAACAAUAUAACUUUACACAUGCAUGUUAAAAGUAAAUUAUUACUAAUCCAAACAAUUUCUUAGUAUUAUCAUUAACCUUUACUCCCUUUGAUUCAAAUGCAAAUUAAAUACUGAAAUUACAUUCUAGAAAUCCUGAGGUGUCAUCUAAAAAAUAGGUAACCAGUGACAAAAAGGCAGCACAACAUUUUUUAACGUAAUGUAGUAAAAAUAAAAGAUAUAUGUUAUGCUGUCAUUUAUGCUGAUUUAUAAUGUUAAGGGGUUAACCUCUCUGCGCACAGAUCCCUUUAGCGGGAUCAUUUCCCUAAACAACCGCUGAAUUGCAGGGCGCCAAAUUAAAAAAUAUUACUAAAAAUAUUUAUAAUCAUGCAAUCACAAGUGAAAUAUACCAAAACACAGCUUAGCUUGUUGUUAAUCCACCUAUCGUGUCAGAUUUUGAAAAUAUGCUUUACAGAGAAAGAAAUCCAAGCUUUUGUGAGUAUAUCAAUCAAUGCUACAACAGCUAGCCCCAAAUUAGCAUGGUCACGAAAGUCAGAAAAGCAAUAAAAUUAAUCGCUUACCUUUGAUAAUCUUUGGAUGAUUGCACACACGAGACUCCCAGUUACACAAUAAAUGUUAUUUUUGUUCGAUAAAUAUUACUUUUAUAACAAAAAAACGCCAUUUGGGUUGUGCGUUAUGUUCAGAAAACUACAGCCUCGUUCCGGUGCUGAAAGGCAGAAGAAAAUUCCCAAACAUAUCAGAUACAAAAAUAUUACUAAAAAUAUUUAUAAUCAUGCAAAGCUUUUGUGAGUGUAUCAAUCAAUGCUAGAACAGUUAGCCUUAUAUUAGCUUGGUUAGCUUGGUCACGAAAGUCAGAAAAGCAAUAAAAUGAAUCGCUUACCUUUGAUGAUCUUCGGAUGUUUGCACUCACGAGACUCCCAGUUACACAACAAAUGUUAUUUUUGUUCGAUAAAUAUUACUUUUAUAACAGAAAAACGCCAUUUGGGUUGUGCAUUAUGUUCAGAAAACUACAACCUCGUUCCGUUCGAAGGAAAAUUCCAAAAAGUAUCCGCAAUGGUCGUAGAAACAUGUCAAAUGUUUUUUAUAAUCAAUCCUCAGGUUGUUUUUAACAAACAUAAUCGAUAAUAUUUCUGGAUGAAUAAUUAAGCAAUAAGGCACGAGUAGGUGUGGUAUAUGGCCAAUAUACCACGACCACGACAACACACCGUGGAGUGCCUGGACACAGCCCUUAGCGUGGUAUAUUGGCCAUAUACCUCAAACCCCUGAGGUGCCUUAUUGCCAUAAUAGAAUGGUUACCAACAUAAUUAAAGCAGUAAAAAUAAAUAUUUUGUCAUACCCGUGGUAUACGGUCUGAUAUACCAUGGCUGUCAGUCAAUCAGCAUUCAGAGCUCGAACCACCCAGUUUAUAAUGUCUGUUAGGGGUCGAUGGAAAGGGAAAAUAGAAAGAGAGACAAAGAGAGAUAUAAAUAUAUAAAAAUGGCGAGAGAGAGAGAGAACAGCGCCAACAUCUUUGGGGACUAAAGUGACAUUUCUGACAUUUCCUUUUCUUAUUAUGUCAUGUUAAUUUUUCAAUUAGUUUUCAAUUAGAUUUAUCCUGUUCCCUCUGCUCAGGGCACACAGUGUUGUUUUGUGUCAACUGUUGCUAUGGAACCUCUCCAUUACUACUACGAAGCAUAUCUGUUGUUACCAUGAAAACUCAAUUUCUCCAUCUCAGAUCCCAACUCAGGGCCCAGCUCAGAGAAGCAGAGCCCCAUGACCCAGAAACACAGCCCCCAGGCACAGUCCAGCCCUGUAGCCACCCAGCCCAGCCAAGGAGCCUCCCAGGCAGGCCCAGCACCACCAACAGCCCAGCCAGGCCAAGUACCAGCAGUAGACACCCAGCCGGCCCCGGGAGCAGCCGUCCAGCCCAACCCGCCAGGGGCCCAGCAGAGCCCGGUCGCCCAGCCGCCCAGUCACCCUCCCCCACUCUACCUCCACGAUGGAAGGUCAGAGGUGAAAGCCAGGCAGGAUGUGAAACCAGACAUCUGCCAGCCUCCGUUCACCGACUACCGCCAGCCCCCUGUCGACUACCGGCACCCUCCAGUGGCUGAUUACCGGCAGCCGCCCACGCUGGACUACCGGCACCCUCCUCCCCUCAUCGACUACAGACAGCACUCGACAUCACUCGCUGCACAGUUCCCUCUAGCACAGUUUCCCCCAGACUUCAGACCACAGGACUUUGACUACUUCACGGUAGAGCUGGAGAAGAGUGUGAAGGGUUUUGGCUUCAGUAUCCGUGGGGGGCGGGAGUACAAGAUGGAUCUGUUUGUGCUGCGGCUCGCCGAGGAUGGGCCGGCCAUCCGCAAUGGCAGAAUGAGGGUGGGGGAUCAAAUCAUUGAGAUAAACGGGGACAGUACCCGAGACAUGACUCACGCCCGGGCCAUCGAGCUGAUCAAGGCAGGGGGGAGGCGGGUGAGACUGCUGCUGAAGAGAGGCACAGGACAGGUGCCUGAGUAUGGCUUUUGCUCCCCUUCCUUUAGGAAUGGUACCUUCCAACCUCUCCAUGUGCAUGAAAAGUGACACGCUAAGUUCCCCCUAUUUCUUCCUAAUGGGCCACUCUAAAGACACGUAGACAGUGCCUCCCCCUGGGAUGCCAUUCCUCCAGCCCUCUCUGCCCUGCAGGAAGUGACCCUUGACCACCAGCAGCCGUCCACCUCAUCUUUCUCAUCCCAUCCAGCCUUCACCCCAAACUCCCCCCACCAGCUCCUUCUAGAGGCCACACCGCGUAUGGCAGCCCAUUCUCCAGACCCCAGCGCCACGAAAGGGGCUACAGGUGGCAGGUGCACCCAGCCCAGGGGCACCGUCCGUGGGCAAAGAACCCUGCAGUGGCCUGGGGAGUUGGAGGGGGGGCCCCGAGAGCCCCAACCUCCGCCGCGGCCCCCCAAAGCUAGAUGGAGGUCUGCGGAGAGGAGAGAGAGCAGCAGCACACACCCACGCAGGAUCCAAAUGCCGCCGCAUGGCCCUGGGACUCUCCCUACCUGAGUGUGAGUCUGAACGGAGGCAGUUGGGUCUGUGGGGAGGGACACGUGAACCUACAGGAGGGGUUUGAGCUGAGAGGUCUCCAGCCAAGGGAUGAGGAAGGGGCUCUACCGCCCCCCCUCAAACCAUGGAUGGCCGUGCAGCCGCCUUCCUAGGGCCCUGGAACCCACCUGGGGGUGACAGACUGUCCGGCACCCUGAGGUCCUGGAAAUACACUGUCAGCAGGGAAAACGGAUCCGGAUCAGACUGGUUUACAUUGGAUCAGACUGGAUUCUGACUGGGUUGGACCGGCUGGCUGUACAUAGGCUCCCAAGUCCAACUUACCACUCACACCAUCAGAUGCCAGAGGACAUCUGAUGCUUUAUUCUCUCUCUCUCUCUCUCUUUGAAAUCAAAAAGUUGUUUUUUCUUGUUGUUCCCUCUUUCAAGAUGAUUAUACCCAUAACCUUCAAAACCAAAGGACAUAUUACAGCUGAUGUGUGUAAACAAAAAGAGGACUCGCUCAACUCAACACUUUAGUCCAGGUAGCCAUUUUGAAACCUGAUGAUACAAAUCCCAUUGCUAUCCCACUAGGCUCUUUGGGUCUGGGCCAAGGUGAGCUAUCGACAUGUUCCUAGUUUCACCAGUCAACCACAUCACACCUAAAAUGGAUGGUCAGUUUCAACCACUGAUGGGAUGACACUUAUCUAAAGAGAGAUUGGAAUAUUGAGGUUGUUUGCCUAUCGUUUAACUUUCUGUGCAAUGGAGAGAAUGAUGAGAUUAUAGAACUGAGGGAGACGGAGGGAGGGAUGUUAAUUUUAAAUCCUUCUGAAAGGUGAACCUUUUUGGACAGAGCUCUGUCGACGAGACAUCAUACAUGCCUAUUGAUAUAUCGUACAUACUGUAAAUGCACAAAUGUGAAAAAUAUGUACAUUUUGUCAUCUCCCAAAAAUAUGCCUAGUGUUUUUUUUAUGCAUUGUUGUAGUUACAUUUUAGAAGAACAUAAAAAAACAGAUAUCGGGACCAUAUUUUAAGAUUCAUAUUUCCAUGGCCUUUUAUUAUAUACUAUAUAUUAAAGACUCUGUGUGGAGUCAGCUGACAAGGGAACAAGGGACUAGAGUGAUGCAGGUCACAUACCCCUGUUCAAACGUUAUGUGCAUCAACCAAUGGUUGCGUGCCACGUCAUUGACUGUGUCAUUGACCGACAGAUUGCUGUAGCAUCUGAUGCAGUUAGCUGAUACGUAAAAUACCAAUCCAGGCAUUGUAAAAUCUGGCCGAUGUCAGCAAUGCCUGGGCAGAGGAAUCGGCCCUCAGUGUUCUUGUGCAUGAACCACCAUCAUCAAACAGGGACUCAAAAUUAUUCUAGAAGUAGAAUGUAGAGCGGACAUCCUCACUGGGUAUAGGUAACUGCCUAAAUAAAGGAAACACCAACAUAACGUGUCUUAAUAGGGCAUUGGGCCUCGACGAGCCAAAUCAGCUUCAAUGCACAUUGGCAUAGAUUCUACCAGAAAUUCCAUAAUUUGGUGUUUUGUUGAUGUUGGUGGAAAACGCUGUCUCGGGCAUCGCUCUGGAAUCUCCCACACGUGUUCAAUUGGGUUGACAUCUGGUGACUAAGACGGCCAUGACAUAUGGUUUACAUCAUUAUCAUGCUCAUCAAACCAUUCAGUGACCACUCGUGCCCUGAUGAUGGGCCAAAUGGCCAAAAUACUGGCCUGCCCAACAUUUUUAUACAUGACAAUUAGCAUAAUGGGAUGUUAACUGCUUAAUUAACUCAGGAACAACACAUGUGUGGAAGCACCUGCUUUCUAUAUACUUUGUAUCCCUCAUUUACUCAAGUGUUUUCAUUAUUUCGCAGUUACCUGUAGCUAACAGUUGUGUAUUUGCGUAAUUUAGUUUUGUCGAAUGGAACUAAAAAUGGUCCAUUACUGAGUCAAAUGGAGCUUUGAAUGUGUUUAAAUCCAUUGUUUAGGAACUCUGUGAGUCAUAAUACACAACGUUUAUCAAUCAGUCAUGCAAUCAGUCAUGUUCAUAGAAAUAAACAAUCUAGAUUAUAUUUCUAUGGUCAUGUUUAGAUGGGCUAUGUAUCAGCAGCACGUGAAACAGAGAACUCUAGCUGCCCAUUCUAUAAUUCCCAUUUCUAUGCCUUUUACUGUGCUACAUGAACCACACCACUGUGGGAGGGGAGGCAUAUGAGUCAUUGAGGAGCAGAAGGAUACAUGGGAUAUGAGGUGGGGCAGAGUGCCUUACUGAAAGUAGAGCAGAGCUGUUAACCUGCCGAUCGCUAGCGCGGGGUUUUGCAUGAGGGAGCAGAAUGCAAAACUGGUUUGAGAGAUUACAGUAUACUGUACAGUACACAUAUCAGACAGCACAUCAUACAGUAAGUGGCUAGUGCGAAGGUGUCAGCCAACUGACUCUGUUUGGCUAACAGGGCCAGAAUACAUUUUGAAACAUCCCAAAUUUACAGUGCCACAAAAUAAUUAUGAAAAGUCUGACUUCUAUAGCCUACUAGCUUUGUCAUCAUCUCAUGGGUGCCUAAAUAAAUUGUUUGAGUAAAGAGGACUUUGGGCUUUCCUAUGGGGAUGAUGUAUAGCCUGAGGAGAGGCUAGCCGUAGACAAAUAGAGCACUCCAUGUUUGCACCAAACAUUAGGACUCAUACCAUAUUUCUCUCAAUGCAGAUUCACUAGACUGAGUGCAGUGUUCCAGUCCAGAUGAUAAACAUGUCAUUUCUAUGGUAAUUCUUUUUUUACUGAAACUGGUCGUGUUCCAGGCCACCCAAUGCAUUGCAUCCACCAAUGGUUGUGUGCCACAUUAUAGACUGUGCAGUCGGGCAUCAGACUGCUUUAUGUAUGUGGUUAGGUGAUAUGUUAAACACCUCACCAGUCAUUGUGAGAUCUGGCAUGUGUCUCCAAUGUAGUCAGCUAGGAACGUUGAUGAUAUCACUCAGCCUUCUGUGUAUCACUUGAGGCUGUCCCCUGCCUGCCUGUUGUGAGUGAUUUUGUAUACAGAAAAAAAAGUUGACUAAUGAUAAAUCUGAAGGAUGACAUGUUCAUGCAUCUACCAUUAAGCUCAGUAUACCUGUGUAGUCUGAACCAUGUAUAAUCCACCCUGUAUAGCUGUAUUCUUACAAAAUCUGGUUUACUGCACCAUUGAUACUGUAGUUUCAAAGACCGAAGUGAACAACUAUUUUUAUGAAAAUGUGGCAGUACUGAUAUAACAUUUUGGAAAAAAAUAGCAAAAAAAUUUGUUUACCUAAAGAUAUUCUGAAAUACUGUCAAAUAAACUCAACAUGGUGUAAAGUA